GCCUGCGAGGUAUGAUCUUAGAGCACUUUGCAUACAACCCGUUGGCCAUGCUCUGUACCACUGCGACCGGAGACGAACACUCAGCCGUGAUAGCCAGCAUGUCCAUGCGGCACUGCCAAGAAAUCCGAAAUCUGAAGUCCAUCAGAAGGUACAUUGAAUUCAGUCUCGAAGACACCCCAGACAAGCAGAUCUACAUGCUCACUAGCGAUGCAUACCUCAAGCAGCAGAUAGAGCCCCUGGUCGAGAGCGUACGCGCGUAUAGAAUGACACUCGUGCCGAUGCUGCGGUGCUUCUUAGCCGUGCUACAACUGGACCGGAGGUUCGGUACCGAGGAUAGCGUGUUUGGCACGCGGAUAAGAGAUCUGUACGCGUCUGUGUUGCAGCAGAGUGUGUCGUUGCGCACCGAGUAUGAACGCGCGAUCGAGGUGCUGUGGUCCCAAAGCCCUGAGCAAGUGCUGCAGCUGCUGGAGACAUGCAUCGCUAAUUUCGAGGGUGAUGAUGGCCAGACCGAGGGGGAAGGAGGCAAGGAGCAAGUUUUAUACUUGCUGGAGACGUGCAUCGCUAAGUUCGAGAGUGAUAUGGACCAGACCGAGGGUGGGGGAACGCACCAGGAGAGGUGCAGUGUAUGUCUAGUGCUUACAAUGUUUGUGCGGUAA